AUGUUAACAUCGACGUUAACAACGGUAUCAACAACAGCAGCAACAACAACAAUGCUUAUAGCUUCUGGCCAAGGUAUCAUCCACAGCAGCAGCAUCGGCAUUGGUAUCCACUCAAAGCAUUACAACAAGAAUCAUGAAAACUCGGUGGCAUCACCACAAUCGACAACAAAUAAACCAACAGCAGCAGCAGUGGCAACAACAACUUCAACGACCACAAUUACCUCAGAUCCGGGCAUUUUAUGCUUCCAUCAUUGCAAUGUGAAAGUUUUCUGUUUUACAUUGCCACACAUUUGUCCACAAUGUAAAACGGCAUUGGACACACAUCCCAACGUGGAUCAGGACUCAGAUGACGAUGAGAAUUCAAAUGAUUCUGUUUGUCACAUUAUGAACAGUCUCCUCUUGCCAUUCUGUUUACCUUAUCAAUUUAUGCGGGCCAAUCAAUAUCCUUGUACUAUAGUUUUACGUCCUACCGCAGGUGAUUUUCUCAAUGAUUAUAAUAAUACCACGGAUUUGCAUAUUGCUGUGACAACAUCGACCGGUUGUGUCGUCGAAUUUGAUCGGCAUGGCUUACGACGUCAUCGUACAGCCAAUAUGACAGAUUGGUGGCAAUGUCUAUUGGUGGGUAAUGUUCCAGAGCCCUGGUACGAUUAUUGGGAUCAGGUUUUAUCUGAGGUAUGCCAGCAGCCGGACAAGUGAACUGUGUCACAUUAUCACGAGGAUAAGCUCAAUUGCUACACUUUUGUAUUGACCUUCCUGCAAGCACUGAUGUAUGAGAAGUUUAGCGAGGCGGCCAGCAGUAAAACAACAUUCUGUGAAAAGUAUAUAGUUCCUAGGACGACAACAGCUGGAAAGUAUAUUUCAUUGUACCGGAAGUUGCGUGAUACCGGUAUUUAUGUGCAUCACACCAAUCACAAUAAGCUGCGUUAUGGUGGUAGUAGCGGUAGUGGCGGUAGUAGCAGCAGCCGUAGUAAAAUGGAAAUUUAA